UCUCCUCAACACCCGAUCCGACCGAAGUACUUGCAGUGCGGUGGUAAAUGUACGCGUUUUCGUUGCGGAUCGCAAAAAAAAAGAAAGCCAUCACGGCCACCAUCAUUCUUGCCGCGAGUAACUAACAAAAGAACUGGACACAGCUGAAUGAAUUUCGUUCGCGCUCGGCCAUCAGUCCAGGCAACGACGUAGAAAGAAAAUAGCUUGUGUUGCAAAUCUUUGGAACCUGGGAACGUCCAUCGUCGUGUAGUUUGGUGUUGUGUUGUUGGAUUGAAAUAAAAUCAAAAAAACGAUUUGGUACAUUACAUGGUCUUUGAAAGUGGCUGCACAUAGCAAGUUUUUGGUCGUCCUUAUUGCUGGGUGGAACGCUAGGAGAUAGCGGAUCAUUCUCCACUUAGACGAAUCAGGAAGGUUAUUGGUUGAAAUGACGAAGGACCCUAAGUGCAGUGUUAAUGCGUGUGUUGUCUUUCCCGUGUCCUUGUAAUUCCUGUUUUGUUGGAAGUGCUUUUUUGGAAAAAAGAGAAAAGAUCACGAUAACAUUGUGUGUAAAAUUGGUGCGCCCAUUCUCAGCCGGAAGAUUCUAGUAGAGAUCAAGAAAUCAAACAAAUCGAAAUCUUGUGCAUGUUUUUGGAGUUGGAUUUUGCAUGUUAGUGGCCGCUAAAAAAAGAAAAGAAGAGAGGAAGCAAGAAUGGAGGAAUCGCAACAGCUGCAUUUUCCCAUCCGUCUCAACCAUAAUGGAUUGGGCGGUGGUAACAUCAACAACAAACCGCUUAAUGUCAGCGGCGGAAACGACGGAAGCGGCCAUUUAGCCGAUAGUGGAUACACCUCCUACCAUUCGAUCAAUGCAUCAUGUUCCGUUGUUCGCUCGGUGCUGGCCACAAUCGAGGAAGAUAACGAAGCGGAUAGCAGUUUCGAAGAAGCACGAUCCUCGGAGGAUAUUUCGCAACAGAUGGGAGGAAGCAAUGUCUUGACUCCUUCCACUGCAGCAAGUAUCGAGAGAAUAUCCAAUUUUCAUCUCACCACGCCGAAUAGUACUGGAAAACCGUUCGACCAACGUCGUCGCGGUCUAUCCCGGAAACCGACACUGGAGAAUUUGUUUCAGGAAUGUACACCGAAAAAAGCGGACGAUUGCAUUAGUUUCUAUGGGUCUGCUAAAACUCCCCGUUCGGGGCGAAAGAUUGAGCUGGGCAGUGUCACCCCCAGAAAGAAUAAAGCUUCAGCCAAACGGAAGCUGGGCGAAUUUAGAGAAAAAUUGUACUCAGAUGGUGAUGUACGGGAAACAAAUGAUCCCCUUGAUGGAGCCUGCAAGAAAUUGGACCAAGAGGACAUUUCACCUAUACUUCAUGCGAAACGUCGAAGGAAUUCUGUGAUCGAUUUGAUUCGUUCUAGUACGCCAAAGACAGCAAGUCUCAGGUCCAACUUUCACGUAGAAGCACGAGAAAAUAUUGAUUGGGAUGCCGUACAACCGGGGAAACCCAUUGGCGCCAUAGCAAAAUCCCGUACUUUACGUAAGUUUCAAAGCUUCAGUCCCAGCAAGAUGCAUAGCUACAAGAAAAGAGAUGCUCUACAGGAAAAAUCAGUCAUCACAAACCGUAGAGUCCCACUACAACGGCAGGAUGCGUUUUGGAAGGCCUCGUUGGACCAACAAACGACUCCGCACAAAUCACUUGAAUGUACGCAAGAUAAAUCUUUUGAAUUGCCUGAAAUUGUCGUAACUCCGACAAAAGAAGCAAACCUCGGAGUACUUUUGGAUGCGCCCAUUCUGGUUCAUGCGACAUCCGAGGAUGUCGCCAAACCAACUGAUCUUGAUCAACAAAUAUCGCAGCUCUCUUCUUUCGAUGAAAGCGCUAUCUCCACAACUCCCAGUAAACAAAUUCUCUCUUUGGAUGAUUCUGGUAUCAUUCGGCAUGCUCCCGUUUGCAUCGAAGCCAACAAGUCCAUUCCGUCUAUUCUCGAGAAUGAAUCUCCGUCUCUCGUCUCUCUAACCAUCCCCAAAACACCAACAUCGGCGAACAAAUCUCGCUCCAGACUGAAGCGUUUGUCUUCGACGAAGAAAGACAAACCCAGAAGCAAGCCGCCUUCUCCGAUUCAUCGCGCUCAGCCAUUCAUCCCCGGCUCUUACCGUCGAUAUUACGCCAAUGUUGAACGUCUCAAUAUCCUCAAGCGCCUGAAUGAGCAUGACAAGGAUGCGCUCGGAAUCGUGCUCAACUACCUCACGGACAGUGAUCUGGUCCAGGUGGUGGCCGUUUCCCGCGGAUGGCGCAGCAUUAUCGAGCAGCAUGCCCAAUCGUAUCGUCGGCUGCGCGCGCAUCUGGCUCGGGAGGCGCACGUCAAGGAGAAUCUCGAUCGCACUAUCUACUCCACGUCGGUUUCCUCGCGCGAAUGCAGCCUGCUGGGGAAAACUGGAUCGUCUCUGAGCGCUUCUACGGAUUCGGGGAAAGAGCUGGUGGCAUCGGCUCCCCGUCAGCCGUUCAGUUUGUGCAACUCGAUCGAUGACAACCAUUCGGCCGGGGAGCCGAGGCGUUCUGGGUCGGUGCAGAAAUCACCGCCGGUCAGCCCGUCCAAGAGGAAGUUUCGGGAUAAUCAGAAGAUCGCUUCUCAUCUGAAAAAAUCGGAAAGACUGAAACCUUGCCCCCGCUGUGAAAAACCCAGUCGGGUGGUUCUGAACAAAUCAUCCAUUAGGCUGGCCCUAGCUUCCGGUUCGCUGGAUUCAUCAAUCAUCCGAACCGGCCUAGCCGGUGGAAAGUUGGACCGCUCCUAUACGUUACCUGAUUCACUAAUCGGAGGAUGUGCCUCGACGUCGAGCAUGAUCACCGCUGCCGUGCUCGAUUGUACCUCAACCGCCAUCGAUAGCCCCCAGUCACCCAAUAAUGCGGAUCGCAUCCGUAGGAAUUUAUUCUCCACAAGUUUGCUGCCUUCCGCCCAAUCCGUGGAUGGACAAACUCCGGUGGGCCGAGUUCCACGUAGACGCAACUCUGCAGAUGUGUUGGGAUCGUCCCUGUUGGAGCGUAAACUUACGACCAAAAACGGUAGGAACAAACCCGCCGAUGCGAACCAAUGUGAUUAUGCCGUCUGCAGUGGGAAAAACUGCGGCUUCGUUUUCUGUAUCAAGUGUUUGUGUGAGUAUCAUCCGAAUUCGGUGUGCAAGGACUUGGCCCCGAAUUCGCCAAGCAAAGAGGACGAACCGGUGCACAAUGUGGCUUGUAGUAAGCAAAGCCGCCGCUCUUUACAGCGGCUGCGGAAGUAGUAAGACUGCGUUAAGUAGAGAACACUCAACUAAAAGGUAUUUUCUAGUGUUUUUAAGCAGUAACAGUUAUUUAUUGCUAUUUUUAGGAUAGGUAAAAUACCAUGUUCCAUUUUUUCCCAGUAACUCUUAUUCGUCUAUUUUUGUAUACAUUUUUUAAAGUGUUUUUUAAUAUGUAGAAAUUGAACGAAUUUUGAUUUUAUUUAAGUACGAUCAUAUUUGGUUUCACUAUUUAAGGUAUAUAAGCAAAUCAGUAGCUGAAGUGUGAGCACGCUUUAGAAAGUUAAUAUAUAAUAUCAAUGCAAUUCCUGAUUUACAUUCCAACCUUUUCAAUCGCCUUUUAAAUAGCUCAAGGAUCGUUUGACCCAGUGAUCAUGAAUAGACGGUUUCUUGUGAUCAACAAAUAAAAGACUUAUGAGGAGAACAAAUUUUAAACUUUUUGUAAAGAGUAGCUAUUCCUUAUUUUCUAUUGAACAUAUUAUUGGCAGAGUAGAUCAGUAUAUGGAAUGAGUAAAAAUUGAUUUCCUAAAAAAACGAUAUCAGGAAUUGUAGCAUCAUGACAAUUUCGGCUAUUUUAAGUACAUAGUUUUUUUUACCAUACAAACAUUUGGAUACCUCAUUGUUCUACGAACUGGUAGUUCGCAUGAAAAGGAAACUGAACGUUCAAUUAUUAUUGUGUAGUAUGACAUCACUGUACAAGCGCCGGUUUUUUAAAAGUUUUUUUUUCUUAAAAUAAAACGUUGUUAAAAAUCUA